AUGGCUGCACGAGGCGACCUCGCCAACCUGUACUCGACCCUCGCCCAGCUGCGCAUCGCCGUCCCCGCCGUCCUCGUCGGCCUCCUCGCCCUGCGUUGGCUCGGCCGCGCCCUCCUCGCCAUGAUGUCGCGCAUCCAGGCCGCAGGCUGGCACGCCGAGGACGACAUCUACGCCCCGCCAGAGCUCGUCGAAGGCGCUCACACCGCCAAGCGCUCAACCGGCGCCGAGACGGCCGACAACGACGCCGACCAGGUCACGCCCGUCAUCGUCAAGGCGUCGAGCAUCCGCAAAAGCGUCGUCCUCGUCUUCAUGGCCCUCGUCGCAAUGACCUACUUUGCCGACGGUGUCGCUCAAGUCGUCGCAACCUUCGUCAUGUCGCACUACACGCCUCACGACCCGCUUUACGUCAACAUUGCCGCCUACUCGGCAGGCGGCGUCGCCGCCUUUACCCUCCUCGGCCUCGGCCUCGUCUACGAGGGUCGCGAUCAGCAGGUCAAGGGCGUCAACGACGCGCCCUGGCCGAUGCUCCACCCGCGCAUCCUCACUUUCCUCGCCAUCGUCCUCGAGAGCGUCGUCCUCGGCAUCAUGAGCCGCAUCGUCGUCGUCGACCCGCGCGUCGACCCCAAGAAGGACGUCCUCCCCGUCGUGCACCUCGCCAUCCUGUCGCUCCGCCUCGUCCUCGCCCUCGUCCUCCUCGCGUUCCAGUUCCAGCCCCUGUACCGCGCGACGUACGUCCCGAGCGGGCCUGCCUCGGAGCGCACGCCCCUCCUCGGCGCCGCGUCGUCGUCGAACGGCUACGCCGCCCUCCCGACCUCGGCUUCCGCCGCUGUCGCCGAGCCGUCCGUCCUGCGAGGGACGCGCAUCCCGUCGAACCGGCCCCAGGACCCCAAGUCGCUGUCGAUCCUGACGCUGUUCAAGCGCGUCAAGCUCCUGUUCCCGUACCUGUGGCCGUCCAAGAGCAUCGCGCUCCAGGUCCUCGCCCUCGUGUGCUUUGGCCUCAUGCUCUUUAAGCGUUACCUCAACGUUGCGAGGCCGCUCCUGUUCGGCAGGGUCAUCUCGGACCUCGCGAAAGGACGACCACCGUACCUGAGUGUGUCGCUCUACCUCCUCGUCCAGUUCCUGAGCGACUCGAACAGCAUGCUAUACCAGUACCUGUGGCUCCCUGUUGAGCAGUACUCGGAGAGGGAGAUGGCCAUGAUGUCGUUCGAGACGAUCCUCAAUCUCUCGCUCGCCUACCACACGCGCCGCAAGACGGGCGAGCUCUUGCGCAUCUUGUCCCGCUCCGAGGCGAUCAACGACUUCUUCGAGCUCCUCAUCUUCAGCUUCAUCCCGAUCCUCAUCGACCUGCCCGUUGCGUUCGUCGUCCUCAGCGUGCGAUACGGCUUUACCGUCGUGUCGGUGGUCACGCUCGUCGGCGUCAUCUACGUCACUACCUCGGUCCUCCUCGCCGAGUCGCGCGUCAAGCUGUACCGCGAGCUGCGCGACCAGAGCCAGUUUGCGCACCAGAUCAAGACGGACGUCAUCAUGAACUACGAGGGGGUCAAGCUCUUUGUCGCCGAGGGCUUCGAGUCGAAGCGCCUGAGGGACGCCAUGUGGCGGUACCAGCGUGGCUACUUCCGCGUCUACUCGGCCUGGAACUCGCUGUCGCUCCUCCAGAACGGCAUCAGCAACUUUGGCCUUCUCGUCUGCUCGUUCAUCCUCGCCAACCGCGUCGUCAGCGGUCAGAUGGACCCAGGCGAGUUUGCCACCUUCACGAGCUACUUUGCGAGCCUCCUGUCGCCUCUCAACCAGAUCUCGAGCCUCUACCGUCGCGUCAUGAGCAACGCCGUCGACACGGAGCAGCUCGUCGAGCUCCUCGAGGAGAAGCGCGAGAUCUCGGACAAGGAGAACCCGGUCGAGCUCGUCGUCGGGCCCGAGGGCGCCAGCGUCGCAUUCCGCAACGUCCACUUCUCGUACGACGGCAAGGUGGACGUGCUCAAGGGCGUCUCGUUCGACGUGCCCGCCGGGCAGACGGUCGCGCUCGUCGGGCCGUCCGGCUCGGGCAAGAGCACCCUGUCGCGGCUCCUGUUCCGCAUGUACGACGCGACCGAGGGCGCCGUGUGCGUCAACGGGACGGACGUGCGCAACUUGAGCCAGAGGAGCCUGAGGGCGGCGAUUGGGCUCGUGCCGCAGGACUGCGUCCUCGCCAACGCGUCGAUCCGGUUCAACAUCGCCUACGGCGGCCUCCUUCGCCUUGACGCCGACGGCAAGCCCAAGCCCGACAGCGAGCUCACGAUGGAGGACGUCGUCGAUGCCGCCAAGGGCGCCGCCAUCCACGACAAGAUCCUCACGUUCCCGGACCAGUACGAGACGCUCGUCGGCGAGAGGGGCAUGCGCUUGUCGGGCGGCGAGAAGCAGCGUGUGGCCAUCGCGAGGACGCUCCUCAAGAACCCGCCCAUCCUCGUCCUCGACGAAGCGACCUCGGCCCUCGACACGCACAACGAGCGCCUCAUCCAGAACCGCCUGCGCGAGCUUUCCAAGGGCCGCACCUCGCUCACGAUCGCGCACCGUCUGUCGACCAUCGUCGACAGCGACAAGAUCGUCGUGCUCAAGGACGGCCUCGUCGCCGAGCAAGGGUCGCACACCGAGCUGCUCGCGAUUCCAGACGGCCUGUGGGCCAAGCAGAUCGAAGGCCAGGACGGCAGCAGCACGGUCCCGCCGUCGGCGCUCCCCUCGGGCGCGACCACGCCCGCACCCGUUCCCGCACCCGCACCCGCUCCGGCCUCGCCUCCAGCGCCGGGACCCGCACCCGCACCGCCUGCGGACGCACCGGCCCCCGUCGAGCGCGCCGCCGAGGUCGAGCGCGCGGCGUCGCCCGUCCCGCCGCCAAUGAGCGAGGCGGCGGCCCGUGCGCUCGUCGAGGAGGAGAGCGAGGGCCCGCCGGCGCCUGCAGCUGCGCCCGACGCGCCUGCGCCGCAAGGAGGCUCUGGAGACGGAGGUGCUGGAGGGAAGAGCGGCGGCGGCGGCAAGGGAGGAGGGGGCAAGGGCCCGAACAGUCGGAGCGGGCGGAAGAAGGGUGCGCGCCGCAAGUAGAAGGGCCUCUCGCUCCUCGACGCCAGCUCGCACUCUCGCACUCAUAGAGAGACAGAGACCUGCACUGCAUCAACAGACAUUGCGCUGCUCCUUCGGGUGGCGAGAGCGAGAGAGCGAAAUUGCCCGUCCUCCUCGCGCACGCUCACCUGCCGCCGAUCGCCGGCGCGCCGCUCACUGCUGGUCCUCCACCGCCGCCGCCGCCAAACAUGCUCGCCAUCAUGUCCAUGAGCGGGUUGCCCUGCCUCGCCGGCUUGAGGCCAAAGUGGAUCUCGCCAAUCGCCUGGGUCGCCUCCUUGACCUCGGGCGCCCUGAGCCAGGGCACGCUGCGCUCGUACCGGCCGACGAGGCUCUGCCACGCCUUUGUGCCGCCGCCGCGCUGCACGCGAAACUCGUCGGCGCCGCGACCGGGCACCUUGACCUUGUCGACGUUUUCGCCGAUGCCGCUCUGCGCCGCGCGGACGGCGAGCUGGCAAAAGUUGAGCGACGCGAGCUUGGUCACG